AUGGACGAUGCCUGGUUCCACACCCUCACGGCAACGUCCACGCGGACCAAAGAGGUGCCGCAGCACAAGCGAAGACCUUCUCUACUGCAGCAGCCCGCGACGCUCGCUCGACGAGCGCAGAGUUACAACGACUUCUACCACGCCGUGAGAGCCUUCAGACAGAGUUCAUAUCCUCUAGAGCGGCGGAGAAGCCGGGACAGCCAGCAGCAUGCUGCAUUGAAGAAGUCUCGAGGACAGGACUUUGACGUGGAUUUCUUCGCGCUCGAGGCUCGCAUUGCGGAGCAGAGCCAUGCCGAACACCAGUCGUAUCAUGAGCAGCUGCUGCUCUCCAGCUCCCACCUUGACAACUUGCUAGCGUCGACUACCAGCACGCUUACCGAUCUGUCCAGGUUAUCGGAGUCUUUCAUCUUGGUGGAGAAGCAGACCAACGCCUUCCGCCAGCAAUGCGAGUCUCUUGUAGCAGAACAACGCCGUCUGUCAACACUUGCAGAUGGCAUUGAAGAGAAUGCGCGUUACUACGCCUUCCUCGAACCGGUGACACGCCGGUUAAACGCACCAGGGGCCACAAACCUCGUGAAAGGCGAUAAUUUCCCGGAGGUGCUUCAUAAUCUCGACAAUUGUCUGGCUUACAUGGAGUCUCAUCCAAAGCAGAAGGACUCGGCGACAUAUCGAAGCCGCUACCGUCUUUUGCUGACUCGUGCUCUUACACUAAUCCGCCACCAUUUCACAAAGUCGCUUGCAGACAUUGCAUUGGACAUCAGCAAACGCAUACAAGCCGGCCAACUGAAGGAUACGACGCACUCUGCACUGCUCUACGCGAAGUUCCGGGUCCCCGCUCCUGAGCUAAAGGCGUUAGGCCUCGAGAUACAGAAGCGCGCGGUGCCGACGCCUGACGAUGUUGAUGCUGGUCGAGAACCGGAGUAUGCGAGCUUACUCCGGGAGCUUUAUCAGUCGUACUCAGCCACACGUGGCAAGCUGAUGUUUCCUCUGGUCAACAGGAAGAUGGUUGAGCUGGAGGCGACACAGCAACAAGCGGAGGUACUCGCAUUUGCGAAAGCCAGCAUCAGCUUCAUGCGUGGCGUCUGCUUGGAUGAGCAUGAGCUCUGGCGCGAAUGGUUCGAGACGGACGGCGCGCUGUACGAAUUCCUUGAGGGCUUGAUGGAGCCACUGUACGAUCAUCUACGGCCGAAGAUGGUACACGAGACGAAGCUUGAGAAGCUGUGCGAACUGUGUGCCAUGAUACAAGCACGGUACAUGACACUCGAGGCUGACGAUGAAGAGGAGGUUGCCAUCUACAGUCCUGCGCCAAAUGGUGCGCCCACUCCACGGAAGCUGGACUUUGCGAGCUUAGUCCAACCUUCACUGGAGGAUGCGCAAACGAGGCUAGUCUUCCUAGCUCUCGCUGCCCUUCGAGACGGCAUCGAGAACUACAGGCCAAAGCCGGAAGACCUCGAUUGGCCGAGGCAUGCUGCCGUACAUGUCAACGGUGUCCAGAAAGGCCCUGUGUUGUCCGGCACGAGAGCAUCUGUACCGCCGACCCCAGUCUCACCAAGUGCAGUCGAGGACUUAGCGGACGACGCACAGAGCAUGUUCAGCAGGCACAUGGGAACUGACAAUGUUGGCAAGGCAGAGAAGCAAUGGUAUCCUACCCUGCGUAAGGCGAUCUGGCUGCUUCGACGCAUCUAUCGCUUGGUCAACAGCUCAGUCUUCGACGACCUGGCACAUCGCAUUGUGCAUUCGACCAUUAAUUCGCUCAUCACUGCGAGUCAACAGAUCGUCAAAAGCAAAACGUCCGAAGAUGGACGGCUAUUCCUCAUCGUACACCUGCUCCACCUUAAGCAGCAAAUCGUUGCAUUUGACAUCGAGUUUGUCCCGCACGAAGUCGACUUCGACUUUUCCGCCGUCACAAACACCUUCUACGAGCUUCGCGAGCGCGGCAGUCUCUGGAACCCCGCAUCAUGGGUCAAGCUCGUCAGCGGCGCUGUAGGCGGCGGUCUGCUCCCAAAAGUCGUCGAGAACAUGCUUGACGCGAAGGCCGAGCUGGACGGUCGCCUGCGGACGGUUAUCAACGAGUUCGUCAGCGGCUACGCAAGCCACAUCACCGCGCCGAUUGAGCCGACAACUGUGUCCCAAGCGAAAGCAAAGGAGCAGUUCGAUGCCCUGAAAGCCGUGCGGACUGUGCGCGGGCUGGCGGAGAAAGACGUGCCGCUACUGCGGAACAAGCUGGAAGCAUACGUGGACGAUGCGCGAACGCGUGAGACGCUUGUGGCUGCUGUGAGGGAUCAGGUCAUCAUGAGCUAUGAGGACUUCUUCGAUGCGUACGGUGAAGGCCAGGGCAAGAGGUUGAGCCGGAAAGGCAAGGCGAGGGAGGACGAGGUGUGGGGACCUGAGUUGUUCGGAGAGGCCAUGGAGAAGGUCUUUCAGGUCGGGCAGAUGGUGGGUCAGGUUGAUGCGGAUAGUGGUAGUGGUGACGUGAGCGAUUGA